AUGCGUGAGUACGAACAAUCUCAGCACAUGAUCAAACUCAAUGAUAACUCUCUCACGAGCCAACCUCAUUAUUACCUGCCUUAUCAUGGUGUUCUCAAGCCAGAGAGUUCCUCAACGAAGCUCAGAGUAGUUUUCAACGGCUCCAGCUCCAGCUCUACCGGGUGUUCCCUGAAUGAUCUCAUGCACACCGGUCCAAACCUGAUGCUCAACAUAUUCGACCUACUCAUCUGGAUUCGACGAUACAAAUAUCUCUUCGCGACGGACAUCACCAAGAUGUACCGUCAAAUCAAGAUACAUCCUGCUGACUGGAUUCUCCAACGGAUUCUCUGGAUGGAUGUGCAAGGAUUGGAAGCUCACUAUCAACUCACCACGGUCACGUAUGGCACAAAGGCAGCUCCGUUCUUAGCGGUAAGAACACUCAUUCAACUGGCUCAGGAUGAAGGCAGUAAGUACCCUCUUGCUGUCGAGUCAAUCACUCAUGGCCGAUACGUCGACGACAUCUUUGGAGGAUCCGACUCAGUAGAAAAUCUCAUUCAAACUGCCAAUCAACUCACUCAACUGUGCCAUGCGGGCGGAUUCCCGUUGGCAAAAUGGCAUUCGACAUCACCAAGGCUUCUUGAAGCCGUCUCAUCGGAGCGAAACAACUCAUCCACGAUCUCUUUCGACGACUGCACCACCAAGAUUCUCGGAAUACGGUGGUCACCUCAGCAAGACACUCUAGACUUUUCGACCAUCUCCACAUCGCACUCAAACAGAUUGUCAAAACGCCUCAUCCUCUCAGAAGUAGCACAACUCUUUGAUCCGCUGGGCUUCGCAGCCCCAGUUGUAAUCAGAGCGAAAAUGUUUCUACAAGAACUCUGGUUGCAAAAACUCAAUUGGGACGAUUCACUUCCAGAACAGCUGAUCUCACGAUAG